AUGUCACUUCACACGCCCGUAUUCGCCGGUCUUGGCUCUGAUGUACUCUUCUCCAAGUCUAGCCUAGACGCAUCGGCGCGUGAUGCGUUGCUACCUGAGUCUCAGCUUCUCUUGCAGGCUUGCCAUGCCAUCUUUCACACUGAAAUCUCCCACGCCAUGCGCUCCGGCAUCCUCUCCCAUGACAUUGAUCUUGAGGACUUUAACACACCCGAAAAGGUGCUCUCACCCAAUGAACGCUACCAUGGAAACGUGGUGGUACAACACACUACAUUAUAUCUCUCGCAGAUCCUUAGAUACCUCGGGCAACUACCGCAACAUAGCGAAUUGCUCGAGGUCGCUGCCUUUUGCGCCGGCCUCCUCCCUGCCACGGUCGUUUCCACAUCCCGCAAUCCUAUUGAAUUUCUAUCUCGAGCUCAAGACCUCUUCUACGUCUCCGUCUGGAUCGGUAUCCGUAGCGAAAGUUAUCGGAGGUCUUACCUGGCCCUUCACGCUUGUGGGCCUAGCCUUCCUUGGAGCGUUGUUGUCGACGGUAUCAAUGCCGAACGUGCCAAAGAAAUCAUCGCAACCUCGACAACGCAGACCGACCAAACUGUCUCUGUGACUGCUUUGAACUCGCCCAAUUGCGUGACCUUGAGCGGGACUGGAGAACAUCUCCAGGAUUUCCUUUCCACCCAACUCCCUCCCAAGUGUCGCACUCGGGCAACAAACGUACGCUCGCUUUACCAUGUCUGCGACAGGCUUGCUCCUCUUAAACAAACUAUAUAUGAGGAUCUUCAACAGCGAUGCCCCUCGAUGUCAACCUCUGUGGCUUUUGUUGCCCCGUUGCUCUCCACCAUUGACGGACAACCAAUAGACUGCGUCGAGGCAGGACCUCUAUGUACUGUCAUCAACACUAUUUUGGACAUGAUAAUGCUUCAUCCUGUCGACUGGGUCUCGGUUCAAAAUUCAAUCUUCGAUAGCGUCAAUAAGGCUUCUGCCUCUUCCACUGCUGGAACGACGAUUGAAAUUUUGAACAUGGGCCCCGGCUAUGGCAUGUCAACAUCUGCUUUCCAAUUACCAAGCAACGUGAAAAUACGCGAUGUGAUAUCACUCGCUGGCGCUCCCAACUCAUACCGCAAAGCUUCCAGACUGGCGCCAGGCGACAUCGCCAUUGUUGGCAUGGCGGUCGACCUUCCGGAUGCGUCCGAUGUGGACUCAUUAUGGGCGAAUUUGGUUGAUGGAGUUAACUCAUGCUCAGAGAUACCGGAGUCGAGAUUCCAUAUCGAUGACUUUUACCAUGCAAAGGAACUGAAGAAGGGUAGUGCUAAUCGCACCCUCAAUACAAGAUACGGCAACUUCCUUCAAAACCCUUUCCAAUUCGAUAACGGCCUUUUCGAUAUAUCCCCACGCGAAGCGCGCUCAAUGGAUCCGCAGCAGCGUGUAAUGCUCCAAACGGCAUUCAGAGCACUCGAAAAUUCAGGCUACGUGCCGGACUCAACGCCUUCGAACAAUCGUGAUACGUUCGGGUGCUGGAUCGGCAAUGCCACGCUGGAUUACCCUGCGAAUAUGAAGGACGACAUUGAUGUUUACUACAGCCCAGGCACUCUGCGCACCUUUCAAAGUGCACGCAUCUCGUACGUCUUUGGUUGGAGCGGCCCGUCCAUAACCCUGGACACGGCUUGCUCCUCUUCUGUAGUUGCCCUGCAUCAAGCCGCCAGAUCGAUAAUCGCCGGAGAUUGCCGCGCCGCACUCGUUGGUGCCGUCAAUACGAUCACGAGCCCCGAUAUGUACCUUGGCCUUGACCGUGCACACUUUUUGAGCCCAUCUGGUCAAUGCAAAGCGUUCGAUGCAUCUGCCGACGGGUAUUGUCGUGGUGAGGGGUGCGGCGCUUUUGUCAUUAAGAAAGUCAGCGAUGCUAUAGCAGACGGCGAUCGAAUUCACGCAAUCAUCAAAGCUGUGGAGAUUAACCAGAGCGGUAACACUCACUCCAUUACGCAUCCCCACGUCCCUACACAAGAAGAGCUGUUUAAACACGUCUUUCGGAAAACACGAAUUGACCCUCACAUGGUCACUGCUGUUGAGCUGCAUGGCACUGGUACCCAAGCUGGAGACCCAGUGGAGCUGGAGAGUGUGCGGCGUGUCCUGUGUCAGGAUAGAUCACCGGAUAAUCUCCUUCAUUUGACGUCAAUCAAAGCGAAUAUUGGCCACUGCGAGGCUGCUUCUGGGGCUGCCGGGCUGGCGAAGCUGGUCCUCAUGAUGAAGCAUAAUCGCAUCCCGCCUCAAAUAUCCCUCAAGGUGCUAAAUCCACGCAUUCAAAAUCUUGGUUAUGAUGGUGCUGUCAUUAAUCAAGAAGGGGCAUCAUGGCCACAAAUCGAUGGCCAGCCACGUAUGGCGAUGCUAAACAACUUCGGUGCCGGAGGAUCCAACGGAGCUGUCCUCUUGCAAGAGUACAUCGCAGCUAAACAACCGACCGAUUUGGGAAGUUGUAGCCCGCUCAGCUACGUAUUUGGGUGCUCCACCAAGAGCAUGGCUUCGCUAACAAAGCUUCGCGAUGAACUCAUCUCGCAUAUUGUGAAUAAGGGCAGGUUUGAAUCGCUCCAAGACAUUUGUGCGACAAGCACAAGCCGGCGCCAGAUCUACGAUAUGCGCAUCGCAGUUGUCGCAACCUCCUCCGAUGACCUGGUAGAGAAACUCCAAAAAGCGACACCUCACCACAUCUCCGAUUCAGUAGUCAAAGAGCCGAGAGCCGUUUUUGUUUUCUCUGGUCAGGGCUCACAGUACUUGGGCAUGGGUGCUGAACUGAUGGGAAUCUACCCAAGUUUCGCCAAGACCGUGUGGGAGUGCGACGCCUAUCUCAAAGAACGCGACUAUCCCGGGUGUGUCCAAAUUAUCACUGCUGCCGAUGAAGAAAACGGACUCGAGCAACUCACGGAGUGUGAAAAACUGCAAGCGUUCCAAUCAGCGAUAUUCGUCUUAGAAGUUUCCCUUGCGCAACUACUUAUGUCUUGGAGCAUUGUUCCAAGUGCGGUCGUAGGCCACAGUCUUGGAGAGUAUGCUGCUCUAGUUAUUGCUGGAGUUCUCGACACCUUCAGCGGGCUCAGCUUGGUCGCUCGUCGUGCGAAGUUGAUGAUGGGUCAAUGCCAGCUUCAAACAACCUCCAUGCUUGCUGUCAAUGCUGGGGCUGAAACUGUGCAAGACCUGAUCCAAAACUCAGAGCUCUUUCCCUGCUUUUCAAUAUCAUGCGACAAUAGCGCAAACGAUUGCGUUGUUGGUGGCCCAAUCAAGGAGCUUCAAACGUUCAAGGAGUAUCUUCGUGAGAACCUCAAGGCCAAGAGCAAGGUGCUUGAUGUGCCCUUGGCCUACCAUACAAAUGCAAUGGAUCCCAUCCUCCCCGAGCUUACCCAAUUCGUCUCCACGAUUGAUCUAGGCCGACCAAAGAUUCCCGUGGUCUCGAACGUUCUCGGGCGUACCGUUGUGGCCGGCGAAAAUGCCUUUACUAAAGAGUACUUUGCGUCACACUGUCGACAGACGGUCAACUUCCACAAAGGAGUUCAAGAAUUUCUUACCACCAAUAUGGGAUCGAGGACCACAAGAUGGAUAGAGAUUGGCCCGCACCCGUCAUUGCUGCCUAUGCUGGGCACGUGCGUUGACAAAAGAUCGGUCGAUCUUCUUCCUACUCUGCGAAAAGGCAAUUCACCUUCAAGCACCAUGGCACAGCUUCUGUGUAAUUUCUAUAAUACUUCCACCGGCAUCAACUGGCGUAAACCAUUCGAUGGCGUGUCCAAACCUCAUCUCGUUGACAUACCUGGCAUCCCAUUCUCAAAACAAGAGUUCGGCGUCCACUACCCAUCCGAAUUUACAGCCAAAGGAAUCGAUACCGAGGCUGUCCAACCCGUCAUUCGAAUCGACAGUUUCAUCGCCAAGACGGUGAAGCAGCCAACAUUAGAUGAUAGAUCGGCGAUUUACGAUACGCCGUUGUAUCUACUCAAAGACUUCAUCACUGGGCAUUUGGUUGCCGAACAUGCUCUUUGUCCCGCAUCGGUGCGAGCCAUACUCAAGCCUCUUAACGGCUCUCAGGGAUCCUAUGAGUUUGAGAUACUCUCUUACAACAAUAAAAUUGGAGCAAAUCAUGGCACGUCGCACUGCAAGGGAAUCUUGAAGCGCAAGUCAAGUCCGACGCUGCAGAUGAAGUAUGCCCGUGUUUCCCCCAUGCUGGUUCGCAAGACAGAGCAGAUGGUCUCAAACACGGCUCGGGCCUGGCAGGAGAUCCUCAUGAAGAGAGCCAUGUACGAAAUGGUCUUCACUAGGGUGGUCACCUAUUCAGAGCCGUACCAGCGGGUGCAGUCAAUUCGAAUUGAUGGAGCCAGUGGGAAUACCCACGCCGUCUGCCAGUAUCCCGAUGACCGCCUUGGUACUGCUGGUCUGCCCGCUGCGAACGCUAUCUUCAUGGAUGUCUUGCUGCACGUCGCAGGCUUCGCUGCCAAUAUCAGGGUCGGCAUCCAGAUUUUGUGCAUGUGUAAGGAGGUUACAUCCGCCACUGUCCUUCGAAAAUCUCUCGCUCCUGGAGAAACCUUCGAGGUAUAUUGCACCCUAAACGAUGUCGUCAGCGAACGUUUGACGAUUGCAGAUGCCUAUGCCUUUGACUCCCAAGGAGUUUUGGCAGUGUUUAAAGGCAUGGUGUUUCAACAGAUUGAGCUCUCGAAAAUCGGCAGGGCUCUCGCCAUCACCGCAAAAAAGCUUUCGGGGGGGCUCCGCUCAUCAGCCUGCAUCAGGGCCAUGAUUGCUACCACUUGUGGAGUGGAAAUUUCAGUGCUCUCCGAGACUACAGGCCUUGAGAGUCUUGGAUUUGAUUCUCUUAUGAUGAUCGAACUGCAAUCUGAGAUCUCGACUAAGUUCCCCCAUGCCAGCUUCUCAGAGUUGGAGGAGUGCCAGACGGUUGGAGACAUUGAGCGAAUCUGCGCUAUUCAAGACACUCCCUCUCAAUCAAUCACCCCGGUCUCAGGACUGUCGACUAGCUCGAUGACCAGCUCCAGCACUCCCCCCUGUGCGGUAGCCACGCCAGUCAGCAAGAGAGAUGUCUCUGCGAUCAUCGCCGAUGCCUGUGGAACCAGCCCAGACACCAUUUCGUCAAGUUCGAACCUCCAACAUCUCGGCAUCGACUCUCUCAUGAUCUUGGAGCUUGAAGUUCGCCUCGAGGAGAUCUUCAAAGAUGGGAAGACCACAUCUGCUGCGAACCUUUUGAACUGUCGCACCGUUGGCGAUGUCGAAAGAUUGCGCAACGUGCACAAGCAAGUCGAAGAGGCAACGUAUACCCCCUCAAAGAACAACUCACGCAGAGUCCCUAGAAUGAACCUCUCCCCCGUCCUGAAUCUCGAUGCCGUCAUGGUGCAGAAGGUGACACGCGCUCUCAAACUCUCCGAACAACCUGAAGUCAUCAUGAGUGGCGCGUCUGCCAGCCCCAACGCUCUGCCAUUAUUUUUGGUUCACGAUGGCAGUGGUGUCUGCAUGCAGUAUCAUCGCUUGCAGUCACUCAACCGCCAGGCCUACGCGCUACACGAUCCCAAGUUUAUCAACACAGCCGAAGCAUGGCCCAGCCUCCGUCAGAUGGCAGAAAACUACGCUGACACGGUCCAUCAUACCACCGAAGGCCCUUGUCUCGUAGGCGGUUGGUCCUUUGGCGGCGUCGUCGCCUUCGAGGCGGCAAGGAUCCUAAUGGCGAGGAACCAUGCCGUGAAAGGGAUUAUCCUUAUUGACUCGCCGCCUCCAUUGGAUCAUCAUCCUCUCUCAGCCGACAUCAUCGAGGCCGUCACCGGCAGCGCAAAACCCUCGCCAAAUGCACUGGGCAAAGCAAUCCGGCAACUUACGCAUCAGAGCUUCUUGUCGUGCGCAGCCUUGUUGGGCGCGCACAAGCCUACGCACUUCUCGCAUAGCCCAGCACCGCCUGCCAUUUUGCUCCGCUCCGCUGACGGCUGGCGGCGAGAUGGAGACACUAGCAACCCGCGAGAUGGCAUGAAUCCCAAAUUCAUCGAGAACGCUUGGCUGCAGGACAGGUCGGAUGUAAGGACGGCUGCGGAGGAUUGGGAAGCAGUGACUGGGGCCACAGUGCGAUGCUUCGACAUCCCGGGUAACCACUUCCAGGUCUUCGAUGUGACGAACAUUCAGGCCGUGUCGGAGGCUAUAGUAAAGGCGUGUGCUUUGUUGGAAGGGUCUGUUUGA